UUGGCAGCUGUCACCGUCCGUUGAGGUCAGAGGCAAAGAAGCAUGGCUGCGUUGUUCAGAGGGUCACGAAAGUUAUGGUUGAGGUGGAGUAAACAUGUCGACCUUGCCCACGUGUCAGUACGAUCGAUGGCCUCAAAAACACCAGUGGGGUUUAUUGGUCUGGGGAACAUGGGUACUCCCAUGGCCAAAAACCUAUUAAAAAAUGGUUAUCCUGUUAUUGCCACUGAUGUCUUUCCUGAGUCUUGCAAGGAGCUGCAGGACCUUAAUGCUCUGGUAGUGGAUUCACCGGCAGAAGUUGCAAAGAAAGCAGACCGCAUCAUCACAAUGCUGCCAUCAAGUCCAGACGUCUUGAAGGUCUACACUGGUCCAAAUGGCAUCCUUAAAAAUGUGAAGAAAGGAACACUGUUGAUUGACUCCUCCACCAUUGACCCGGCUGUCUCAAGACAGAUGGCAGUUGCUGCGGAGAAGAUGGGUGCAGUGUUCAUGGAUGCUCCAGUGACAGGAGGUGUUGGGGCUGCCAGCCUGGCCAGAUUGACCUUUAUGGUUGGUGGACUGGAGGAGGAAUAUAAUGCUGCACAGGAGCUGCUCACUUGCAUGGGAGCCAACGUUGUUUACUGUGGACAGGUCGGCACAGGGCAGGCAGCAAAGAUCUGCAACAACAUGCUGCUGGCCAUUGGGAUGAUUGGGACCGCAGAGACCAUGAACCUUGGCAUUAGAUUGGGUUUGGACCCAAAGCUGCUUGCAAAGAUCCUCAACAUGUCCUCAGGUCGUUGCUGGUCCAGUGACACAUACAACCCAGUGCCAGGCGUCAUGGAGGGAGUCCCCUCUGCUAACAACUACCAGGGAGGCUUUGGAACCACACUAAUGGCAAAGGAUCUUGGUUUGGCUCAAAACACGGCCACCGACACCAAGACAUCAAUCCCUCUGAGUUCCCUCGCCCACCAGAUCUACCGAGUCAUGUGCUCCCGCGGUUAUGCUAACAAGGACUUCUCAUCCGUCUUCCAAUUUCUGCGUGAGGAGGAAGGACAGUGAACGUAGGGGGAGCACAGUUGUCUGUGAUUUUUUUUAGCACACACACACACUACAACCACACACCACAGUGCCCCUUAUCCCACUAUGCUCAGGAGAGACUAAGGCCUUGCCCUCAGGCAAAGAUUUGCAGUCCAAUUAACAUACUGUAUGUUGACAUGUGUCUCCUCGUUGCAUUAGCUGAAUCAUACUUUCAAUUCAUGGUUCCCCUUCAGAAUGUGGGGAAAUGCUAAAACUGACCUUAGAUAAGCAUCUGGAGACUAGGCAGCUCUAUUCCCAGUCAGGGCUGAUAGGUCAGAGUAGGAGAAGGGAUAGGAUAGGAUGAGAUGCUACAGAUUUACACAUAACAAUGCAGAUGUAUGGAGUUUUUUCAGGAUGAUUGAUAAUGAUUAACUGCAUGAAUAUUAAGUCUGUUUUUGCCAGGCUUCUGCUUUUUGCCUGUCACCCAAUUUACCUUGAUCUACCUAGAGCUAGAUCCUUGUUAAAUGGUAGAUGACAAAAAGCAAACAAAACAAACAAACAAGGUACAGGAUUGCCAUGAUUUCUUUGAAUAGGGGGGUACAAGAGUGUACAGACUUUGUGCUAUAUUUAAGGUGACAAAAACACAUCACUACCAAAACUCACCAAAAUAUAAGUCUGAGUUUACUUGUUUUGUCAGUUACAAAAAAAAUGUUAAUUUUAUAAUAAAUCAUCCAGUCAUGACUUAUUUUACACAGUUACAGUAUUCUCAGAUCUUUGUUACAUUUAAGUCUCACUGUUGAAACCAGGUUCUACUCUACUGUUCUAUGAGACAGAUAUUGAGUUAUUUUUGCACUGUUUGCAUCACAGUGUGAUGUGCUGAGGACCUAUUUAAACUUACCUCUAUUCCUGACAACCGACUUCUGCUUAUAAAGCCACUGGAGUAUUAUUUUGUGACCAAAACUGUUUUAUACUCUGCAAUGCUGCUCUGUUCAAUGUUGUUCUCAGUGUCGAGCACGUUCUCUUGAACAUUGGAACUUUUCUCCCUACAUGUGUAUGAUGACUCUGUUUUCCGUGUCAUGUCAAUGAGGAAUGGUUCCUCAUUACUCUGAGCAAAUGUACAUAAUUUAUUUUCAUAUUGUGUAGUAUUGAAGAGCAAUCCAAGUCACUGUUCUAGUCAAAUUUUAUUGUUCCUACAGUUUGUCAUAGCUCUGUGAAACAGAUCUUCAGUCCCACUGUAGCUUAAAAUAAAAAGAAUAUUCUGUGUA